AUGGGUUUGCUACAAGUCGGAGAGAGUCUUGCGAAGCGGGACCAUGGCGGCGUCUAUCUCUCCGACCGCGGUGCCCAAGGCCUGGCGGUUAGCGUCAUCUUCACGCUUCUAGCAGCCGGGUUUGUGGGUUUGCGUCUAUUUACUCGAAUCCAUAUCAUGCGCAAAAUAGAAUCCAAUGACUGGAUGGUGGUGGUCGCAUUGGUGAACUCAUUCAUUUUCAUGGGCCUAGACAUCACCGAAGCGACCAGUGGCAUGGGGAUGCAUAUGAAAGACAUUCCCCCGGACAUCCUCGAAAGACAAAUGAAGGCCUUCUGGCUCACAGUCCCCUUCUACAACGCUGCCGUGCUCUGCGCCAAAGCCUCCAUCCUGCUGCAAUACUUCCGCGUGUUCCCCACGCAGCGCAUGCGCGUCGUCUGCUGGUUCAUGAUCACCGUCCUCGCCAUCUACGGCACCUGGGCCGUGCUAAGCGCAUUCCUGAACUGCAUCCCCGUCGCCAAAUUCUGGGACCCCUCCAUCGACGGCUUCUGCCUCAGCAAGCCGGGGCUCUGGUUCUCGAACGCCAGCAUGCACAUCGCAACAGACCUGUUCAUCCUCAUCAUCCCCAUCCCGGCCCUGAUAUCCAUCGAGAUCCCGCGGAGGCACAAGGCUGCCUUGAUCGGCGUGUUUGCGCUGGGCGGAUUUGUCUGCGUCACGAGUAUCAUCCGGCUCGUCAGUCUCAAGCGAAUCGCCGACUCGACGGACCCGACCUACGACAAUGUCGGGGCGGCGUCGUGGUCGGCGAUCGAGUGCAAUACUGGGAUUAUCUGUGCCUGUCUGCCGACGCUGAAGCCUCUGGUGUCGAGGAUUAUGCCUGGCUUACUGUCGACGCUCGAUGGGAGCCAGCGCCAGCACAGUGCGCCAAUGGCGAACACGCUGCACACCUGGAACGAUGAGUCGAUGGGCGGGGCUCCGGGCGAGGAGCCUGAGUAUGGCGCUGGGGAUCCAGAGCGUGUUCUGUCUCUGAGCCCGAGUGGGUUCCGUUGGGGGGCGAAGCGCUGGUCGAAGAUCGAUAAGACUUCGGGGACUGGUGCGCCUCAGAUUACUGAAUUGACGGAGCAGGAGCGGCGAGGGCAUCUGUGA